GAAGUAGUAAAUAAUCUCGCGAGAACCGUGUGCUACUUGGUGUUCAAUCUCGCGAGAGUUCGAGUGCAUUCGGAAAGGAAUCACCGAAAGAUGGCGGCUCCGCCUGAUGAGGGGAGUUUGGAGUCUCGCAUCAACAAAGCGACCAACCCUCUUAACAGAGAGACAGACUGGGACAGCAUUAAAGCUUUCUGUGAGCAGCUCAGCAAUGACCCUGAAGGUCCACAGCUGGCAACCAGGCUUUUGGCUCACAAGAUCCAGUCACCUCAGGAAUGGGAAGCCAUGCAGGCCCUCACGGUUCUGGAGACAUGUAUGAAGAACUGUGGGAAGAGGUUCCAUAAUGAAGUGGGGAAGUUCCGCUUUCUCAACGAGCUCAUCAAGGUGGUUUCUCCAAAAUAUCUGGGCUCUCGAGCUCCAGAACCCGUGAAGAAGAAAGUACUAGAAAUGAUGUACAGUUGGACAGUCGGGUUUCCCGAAGAGACCAAAAUAUCUGACGCCUAUCAGAUGCUGAAGAAACAAGGUAUUGUGAAACAGGACCCCGCUCUUCCAGAUGAUAAGCCCCUCCCUCCUCCACCUCCCAGACCCAAGAACGCCAUCUUUGAGGAUGAAGAGAAAUCAAAGAUGCUAUCACGCUUGCUCAACAGCACUCACCCGGAAGACCUGAGAGCAGCAAACAAACUUAUUAAGGAAAUGGUUCAGGAGGAUCAAAAGCGCAUGGAGAAGGUGUCAAAGAGAGUAAACGCUAUUCAGGAAGUAAAGGAGAGCGUCAAGCUGCUUACACAGCUACUAGCAGACUACAACAAAGACACUAGCUCGAACGACAACGAGGAGCUCAUUAAGGAUUUGUACCAACGCUGUGAGAAAAUGAGGCCCACCCUGUUCAGACUGGCCAGUGACACAGAAGACAAUGAUGAAGCUCUAGCGGAGAUCCUGCAGGCCAAUGACAGUCUGACGCAGGUGAUUAACCUCUAUAGGCAGCUUGUGAAGGGAGAGGAGGUGAAUGGAGACAGCAGCACUAUGCCAACACUUACGGGCAAACGCGCAGCCCUGUUGGACCUCACUGGACUGGACACAUCACCUUCAGCUCCCACUUUCCCAGAUUUCCCCUCUCAGCUCACACCAUCACAUGAGCUAGGCAUGAGUCUGCUGGAUGAUGAGCUCAUGUCUCUGGGGCUAACUGACAACACUCCUAGUUCUACUCUGGCUUCCUCCCAGUCUGGUGAUGCCUCUACAUGGAACUCAUUCCAAACUUCAGAUACUGUAGACACACUCGUCCCCCCAGUACCAGCUGCCAUGCUAUUGCCAUCAGUUACUCCUACCCCAGCCCCUGUUAGUGCCCCCACUGCCACGGUUAAGGCCCUAGAUGAUCUGGACAUGUUGGGGAAGACCCUGCUACAGCAGUCUCUGCCCCCUGAGAGCCUGCAGGUCAAAUGGGACAAACUUCAGCCUCAGUCCAAGCCCACCCUGCGUGAUCUUCAGAGCAAGUCGAAUACAAACCCAAGUUCUAUCCUAGUAUAUUCCUCUGAGCCUGGUAAUCUCCUGAACUCGCAGCACAACAGCGAGGCUCCUGCAUUGAGCAUCGGCCCUGCUUCCACUCCUCAGGAUGAGAUCUCUCUGGUUAAUGUCACUGUCCCCCUGGAAUCCAUUAAGCCUAGUAGCAUGUUGCCUGUGACUAUCUUCGACAAACACAGCUUGCGUGUCCUGUUGCACUUUGCGCGUGAGAGUCCUCCGUCUCGGCCCGACGUUCUGGUGGUCAUCCUCUCUAUGCUGUCGUCCGCUCCCAUACCCAUCACAAACGUCCGCUUCCAGGCUGCUGUUCCCAAGACAAUGAGGGUGAAACUGCAGCCACCGUCUGGAACGGACCUGCCAGCAUUCAACCCCAUUCUCCCGCCCGCUGCGAUCACACAAGUGUUGCUGCUGGCCAACCCUCAAAAGGAAAAGGUCCGGUUGCGAUACAAGCUAACAUUCGAUUUAGCUGACGAGUCCCAUGAUGAGAGCGGAGACAUUGAACAGUUCCCACCUCCAGACUCCUGGGGGAACCUUUAGGUGGACACACUGACUUCCUGCUGCUUUAUCCCUCUGCUUCCUGUUGGUCUUGCCCAGUGGGAACAGCUCUUGCAAAUCCAUGGUUCAUUUCUGAUCCAAAGAAAAUUGAGUCCCUCCUCACUUUCCCGAGAAUUUGAGACAGUUUAACUUAAAAAGCUAAAACCAAGGAAGUCAUUUGAAUAGAAGCAUGUGUGAACGAGAACUGAGAGGUAGAGCUUAGGUGAAGUGACGGAGGGUCUCAUUUUUUCAAACUGGAGUCAGACUUAAGUCAGAAGGAUCCGCCUUGGAACCCAAUGCUGUCCUUUUCAUGUCGCUUUCCUUCUGUCUCAUCGUCUUUGAUUCAAACCGUUUUAAUCUUCACCGUAACCCUCAUCUUCUGCUGCCUCUCUGGCUUUGUCCUGUUUUGUGAACCUGUUGAUGCAAUACCGGCCUUCCCGAUAAGGGAGGUGUGUAUACGUGCUCGUCACUCAUAAAUACUCCAUCGUGCUUUCUGUAGUAGAGAGAACUAUGUGCACGUGAACGUAUUUUAUGAUUCACGGAGCAGAUCUUUGUGAGUUUGAGUAACGGAACGGUAAAGUGGGUUUUGUUUUUAAGCUGUGAUGUGUCUCUAGGAUGGAUGUCCAAUCUCGCCCUCUUUGCCUAUGGUCUGAUGAGCACCCUUUGUCACAACUAGAGUUAGGAUGAGAGCUACAUUUGAUUUCUCUUUACAUAUCGGUGGUGAUUAUGGUUACUUUUUUUUUUUAAACCAAAGUUGCACAUCAAUUUGUCAGACUAGAUCAUUUGAUGUCUGUCCAAAUCUGAUAGGAAGGAGGGGAAAUAUUUGCACAUUUUAACCCAUUUACUCAAAACUUGAGGAUGUGGCAGUUUUGGGACAGUCAGUAAUCUUUUAAACCAUUUCAGGAAGUUAAACUGUUCAUAUAUCGAAGCCCGAAAUCUGAAUCGUUUUAUUUGCUCAGAGGUGGGACACUUUGUGGGUGAAGAGUUUGUAACAUCAACAUCUUGGUCAACACAAGUGCCUCGGGUUUCUACCUGAUGGCAAAUCAACAACUCCUUCAGGAUGUUAUCCCUUAAUGAACAGUUGAAUAACGGCACUGGGUUACACUAAAACAGACAUCUGUGAAAGCACGGGUUAGGGUAAGACCUUGUUAAUAGAGUGUAACGGUCGUGUAAUUCGAAGAUAACCCAUAAUGCUUUCAGUCAUCAACGAGUUUUGAGCAAAUCUGUUUUUUGACCCGCUUCUCAAUACGAGAAAAUGUACGAAGGUGUUUUGAGGUAAUCCGCACACACUACAGAUGCAGUUGAUACAUUGGCUUAUAAAGGAUUAAAAUAUUUGCCCUCCUUGAUGAACCAGUGCUCUAACCCUCUGUUUUGCCCUUUUCAGACAUUAAUGCUGACAUCUUGUUUAAAUUGACCGUAUGUGCCUAAUCUAAUGUUUUACCUUCAUCAUGUACGUCUCAUUUCCUGAAUGCUGAUCUGUACAUACAUAUAUUUGCAUUUCUGUUUUGUAUGUGUUUGUUUUGGUUCAGGAAUUUUGCAGUUGCUAUUAACACUUUUGUGUAGGUUUUGUUUUCCCCCCACCUUUCCAUUUUUUUCCUGACAAAAUGAUUUGAAAUCUUGACAGUUUUACAUGGCAUUGAUGACACAACCAUCUAUUUAUUUUGUCUUUGUACCUAUUUUAAGUGAAAUACUCCAACCUAAAACAGUGUUUCCCCCCAAAUACAGCACAUAGUGACGAAGUUAUCGUGCCUCUGAUAAGAUGAAACGAUGGGAAUCAUGAAAAAAAAAAAAUAUUUGUCUGGCGGUCAAAAGGCAGAAGAAAUUCUGCAAAUAUAACGUCAUGUUGCAGCCACCCGAUCAUGCUCCAGGCUACAUCUCCUGAAGUCAUACUCACCACCCUGAUUUCCUCCCGAGUCUGACUGUAAAUAGUAUACGUAUUGCAAUUAUGUACAUUUGCCAAAAUUGAAAAACUACAAAGAACAAAUAAGUAUGGAAGAGUAUGGAGUAGUGCAAAUAUGUAUUUAAGGGAAAUAAAGUUAUUCUUUUUCUUGGGGGUUUAAAAA